AUCCGCACUUUAAAAUGUUUUUGUUUGUGUACAUUUAUGUACAAACAAAAGGCCCAGUGUGCACUGUGGAUUAAACAGCAGGUUUCUGUUUUAAUUACUAAAACACCGCGAGGAACCUACAGGCGUAGUAACGGAAUACAUGCCCAUAAUAUACACUCAGACAUUAUCCAUAUUAAAACUUGAGGUACUUUAAUUAAUUUAAUUGAAAUAUCGAUCGGCAGACCCAGAGCUAAGCCAUAAGAAUGGCGCUCUGGAGCUUGAUAACAAUAAACAAUAGGCUCUACAUCAUAGAUCGACCUAUUGAUUGAUAUAUCGUCAUAGGAAGCUCUGUUCGGGUACAUGUACCACUUUCAAAUCUCGACCUUUACUCCAGUCUAAAAGAGCGUGUCUCCAAAUCACUGUGACUGAAUCAUUAUCUAGAUUUAUCCAUCAGUUUUCAGGAUUUGCUGAAUCUCACAAUGUGAUAUUUUCCUCUGGACAACAGAUUUUGCAGCCAUCCUCCAGAAGUAUAGUUUUGGUGGUUCAGGUUUGUGACUGACAAUGUGAGACACAAGACAAUGACGGUACCCCGGGAGCAUUCUCAGGUCUUCAUCACGAACAGAGGCCGACAUAUCACCGCUUUGUCACAGCUACCCGAAAACCAGCAGCCCGAGAGUGAAACCACUCCCAUAGAUACAGAUGGGGAGUCGUGUUUUCUCGAUACCCCAACACCGGAAGCGUUCGAUGUCGUCACACAGUCUACGAGUCAGAGCACUUACGUUAAAGCCUGCAAGAUGCUGAGCAUCACGCCCUCUACAUUUUGCUUCAGAUGUUUGAACGAAAUCUCCCUAGUUAUUCCCCACCACGGAAUCGGGCCCAAUGGUGCCAAAGCUGUCGCUAUUGCUCUUGUGAACAAUUCGACCGUGUCCUCCCUGGAUUUGUCCAGCAAUGGUUUGGGGAGUGCAGGGUUGUUCUACGUACUGGAGAUGUUACAGUCCAACAAAAUCAUAUCCGACAUUAAUUUGGCGGGAAAUGACCUGGGAUCUAGAGGCGCGAGAUUGAUAUCGGACUCGCUCAGGAAAAACAGAACGAUAACAAAACUCAACAUUUCUGGAAACAGUUUUUCGGAAAGAGAUGCAACUCAUAUGGCAAAACUUAUCUCGAGGAACAAGGCUCUGAAAGAAUUGAUUCUUAGCCACAAUACAUUCCGGGAGCAAGGGGGUGUGAUCCUUGGAAAAGCCCUCGAGUCAAACAGUGUAUUAAAGACCCUGGAUCUAAGUUGGAAUCACCUUCGUCUAUUAGGGGCUGUGGCCAUUUGUUGGAGCGUUGCGGAGAACACCUGUUUGACGUCACUGGACCUCUCGUGGAACGGAUUUGGAAUGGAGGGUUGCCAUGAAAUGGGCAAGUCUCUCCUGCGCAAUCGGACGCUGACGCAUCUGGAUUUAAGCGCCAACCGCGUGUCCUUUGACGCGUUUAGACAGCUUCUGAGAGGCGUUGUGCACAACAAAGUCCUCAAAGUUCUUAAGGUUGGAGUCAAUCCAAUCACGACUGACGGGGCGUUUGCAAUUCUACAGUCCAUUGCUGUAUCGGAUUCAUCGUUGGAAGAAAUUGAUUUAAAGGACGUGUCAGUUGACAUGGAUUUCGUAGAUCUACUGGAACAAAUUCAGAAGAGACGACAUCUCGUCUGCGUUUACGGCAAUACGUUACGUCACGACGAGACCAAAAAAGGAAACGUCGCGCGCGUGCUGGACACGGAUGACCCGGUCACGGUGCUGUUUGAGUACAUGAAGCAGAAGAACCUCCGACUGAUAGAUCUCCUACAUAACCUAGACAGAGAUCACAGUUAUACGAUCACACGGGACGAGUUCCAGCAAGGAUUGGCUAACAUCGAUUUACCACUGAGCGGUCGGUCCCUGGACAUCUUGAUGAAGAAACUGGAUACCAACCGGGAUGGAUAUGUAGACUACGAGGAGCUCUCGGCUCGGCACAAGGAACACAUGAGAAAGGUGACCAAGCUUCGACUACAGGCGGACCUGGGUCCGAAUCACUACAAAGGGUACGACAAGCUGGAACAGCUGAGGGAGGCCGUGCGUCUGAAGAUUUCGCUCAACAUGACGCGCCAGAGAACGGAGACUUCAUAAACUCUAUUUACAAAGCGAUGCGUCGUCCGAAUGUUCUAUUGUAUUUUUGUAUUGUUGUAAAAUGUGCGUGUGAUCAAUGCUUUUGAUAUCAGUUUUCUUUAACUCCACUUUACAGAUAUUGACUUUCAAGAUUACUUAAUAAUAUGGACUUAUCUCACAUUCUCAAUCCUAUAAGUAUUCCAUUAUUAUCAUAUCAACUGUUAAAUUAAAAAAAACCCAAUGUAGUCUAGUCAAAUAUAUAUUAAAAUGCAAAGUUGGAGACUCCAUCUUUGCGAGCCAUUGAUGAAAGAGGAAUCGGAGAAUACCUGUACAUGGUGGACCAAAACGCAUUUUUUAGUGUAAUACAUGUACAUGUGUAUAGAAAUGAGAAUUAUAAUUGAUGUACUAAUUUGGCGACCGUUGCUAUGUUUACGAAAAAGUGGCUACAAUAGGCUUGAUUAAAUCUUUAAGGUCCUUGAUUAUUAGUCCAUUAUGUAGAAUGUGUCCAAAUAUAUUCUGCAGAAAUAUACAGUACAAAUUGCGUACUAUGAGUAUGGUAUGUCUGUACUUAAUUUUUUGUGUGUUAAUAUUGUGGUUGAAAAUCUGUACCUAAUAUUACUUUGCAUACAUUGGUGCUGGUGACUAUAGAUGGACAGUAUUACUUUGACUGUGUGAUAGAUAAGUAUUCUUUUCUCUAUAAGUAUUUUUAUAGUGUUACAUUUGAAGUUAAUAAAUGUAUUAUACAAAUGUUGUGUUUUUCUUUCC